AAAUGCCACCGAGAAGCGCCGGCCUCCGAGCGAUCUAGAGCGACCUCGGGAAGGCCCUGGCGACCCAGCCUGCGAGAGUCCGCGACGGGACGGCCACCGGCCCGCCUCUCCUCUCGGUGAUGUUCAUCGUCUUCCAGAACAGGGAUGGAGGAAAUUUCAGCCCAGGAAGCAGCAGGAUCACCAAGCAUCCAGUUUCAAGCUUUGGAGACACACUCUGAGGGUCUAUCCCCAGAACCUCAGCUCUUACAGGAUACCGACAUGGAACAGGGACUCACUGGGGGAUUUCCAAUUUCCAAGCCUGAUGGGAUCUUCCAGCUGGAACAAGAUCUACAGGUCUUUGAUCUCGAAACUAAGAAUAGAGAAGUCUUAAGAGAUACCUGCUCAGAUGGAGAGACCAGAGAAGAGAACAAGCUGUUGAUUCCUAAGCAGAAAAUUUCGGAAGAAGUACAGUCAUACAAAGUGAGAGUAGGAAGACUCAAAAAGGAUAUUGCCCAAGUUCCUGAGACUAUAGAAGUAUAUAAAUCCGAGGACAGAUUAGAAAGGCUUCAGGAAAUUCUAAGAAAAUUUCUUUUCCUGGAGAGAGAAUUUAGGCAAAUAACAAUUAGCAAGAAAACUUUCACCAGUGAGAAGAACAGUGAAUAUCAUGACUCUGAAAAAAGCUUCAGUCUGGACUCUUCCCUUGAUACUGAUCAGAGAGUUCUUAGGAUACAGAAUAUUGAUGAUAUUGAUAAGUAUGACGUGAGCCUCAACCAGAAUUCAGCUGCUGAUAAACAUGGAAAAAUAAAUCUAACACAGGAUUUUCAGAGUAGUGAAUAUAAGGAAAGCUUAAUGGAUCUUUCCCCCCUGAAUAAAUGUGAGAGCAUUCCUACCAGUGAGAAAUCCUAUAAAUGUGAUGCAUGUGAGAAAGUCUUCCAUCAGAGCUCAGCCCUUUCUAGACAUCAGAGAAUUCAUACUAGAGAGAAACCUUACAAAUGUAAGGAAUGUGAAAAAUCUUUCAGUCAGAGCUCAAGUCUUAGUCGACAUAAAAGAAUACAUAUUAGAGAAAAACCCUAUAAAUGUGAAGCAUCUGAUAAAUCCCAUGAAGCAUCUGAUAAAUCCUGUAGUCAGCGCUCCGGCAUAAUUCAGCAUAAGAGAAUGCAUACUAGAGCAAAAUCUUUUAAAUGUAGCCAUUGUGAAAGAGUCUUCAGUCGUAGUGUACACCUGACUCAGCAUCAGCGAAUUCACAGAGAGAUGCCUGAUAAGUGUGCUGUACGUGGCAGUGACUUCUGUCGGACCUCAUACCUAUCUGAGCAUCAAAAGGCCCACUGGGAAGAGAAGUCCAAUGCAUACAGUGAAUGUGGACCAACCUUUAUCAAACAUCAAGGAUUUCGUCUCAAAGAAAAGCCCUUUACAUGUAAUGAAUGUGGAAAAGACUUCAGAUUGAAUUCCCAUCUUAUUCAGCAUCAAAGAAUUCACACAGGAGAGAAACCACAUGAAUGUAAUGAAUGUGGAAAAGCCUUCAGACAAACCGCAUGCCUUAUUCAGCAUCACAAAAUUCAUAGGAGAGAGAAAUCCUGUGAGUGUAAUGAUUAUGAGGAAAGUUUCGAUCAUAGCUCAGAUCUUGUCCUGCAACAAGAAGUCCUCACUAGAGAAAAAGCCUUUGAUUGUGAUGCAUGGGAAAAGAACCUCAGUCAGAGAGCACACUUUGUUAAACAUCAAAGAACUCAUACCAAAGAGAAACCUUAUGAAUGUAUUGAACGUGGGAAGACAUUUAGUCAAGUUCAGGCCUCAUUUAACAUCUGA